UAUUACCAGCUUCGUAAUGGAAGGAAUGGACGGCUACUUGCCAAAUAUAAUCCAGGAUGAUUAUCAUGCAUCCUCAGAUGCCUGCUCAUUGCCAGCUUGCAUGUGUACAUGGGACAAAGUCAGUUUUUAUCUGACAAAGAUAUUGCAGAGUGCUUUAUUUCUAAUACAGCUUCAGCGCACACGGAGAUUGGGCGAAACAGCACGCCCCCCCUCUGCUGGGCAUGCCUCUCCGCAGCCUCGGGCCUCACCUCCAGACUGCUGGUGACGGCAAAGGAAAAAACGAGGAGCGUGAUGAGCAUUACGCCGUCAUGGCGAAGAGGUACAAAGCAAGGAGCUGGCGGCGGCUCCAUCAUCGCCGACGAAGCCUGCCAGGAGGAUGAGACUGCCCAGGAUACACGGGCCACGCGCGCGUAAGCAAACCAGAUCCCCGAGGCUUACGGGGACGGCGCACAUGCCAGUGUCCGGUAUGUUGUUUCUCACGGCUCACCCCACCCAUGGUUGGAUGCUCAAGCUGUGCCGCCGCUGCUUUCCAUAUGCUUGUGUUGUUUCUGUGUCUGCUGUGGGUUCUGCGCGGAUCUGAAGGCUUCCUUCAUGGAUGAUGGAUGAUGCGAUGCUGAA